CAGGUCAAAGGUUGGAGAUUACCAAAAACGACUGAAAGCAAACACUGCCGUUGCAUCCAACCAUUCACACCAGCCCAUCUGCAAGUACGAUAUCAGCUCAACUACCAGACUCAGUGUACCCACGCGAUCAUCUGGUUAUCUUUGCCCGACCGCCAGCAGUCUCUCUCCAGCAGUCUUCCCGUUUACCUUUCGACAUGCAGCAAAACACCAUGAUAUGGACGGCCUCGGCCGCAGCUCUCGCGACUGGUCUUUUGGCAUACGCUGUGUACUUUGACCACCAGCGCCGCACAUCCUCCGAGUUCCGUCGUCAGCUGCGCCGCAACGAGCGCAAGCAGGCGCGCGUUGAGAAGGACGGCGCCGAGGCUGCCGAGGGCCAACGCCUCGAGUUGAUUAGGCAAGCUGUCGACGAGAUCAAGCUGGCCGGCUUCCCAACCGGCGUUGAGGAGAAGGAACAAUUCUUCAACGAGCAGGUCACCAUCGGCGAGGCCCUCGCCAACGAUCCCACAAAAACCAUCGAGUGUGCGCUGCACUUCUACUGCGCCCUCAAGGUCUACCCGAGCCCGGGAGACCUGAUUCCUAUUUACAACAGCAUCGUGGCCAAGCCCACUCUUGAUGUCCUGGCCGAGAUGAUUGCAUACGACAAGGAGCUGAAGUUGACGGCUGCCUCGGCACCGGCCGCUGCCGCCGGCAAGGCUGGACCGUUAGAUGACGUCGUCGACGUCGAUGUCGAUGACAUGCCUCCCGCCGCCGGUCUUGACUAGACUUGAGACAGCUCGAAUGUCGAUGCAAACUCGAGACAUCUCAUCGGCACCCAUCCUAGUCUUUACGAUCCGAAAUGAACAUUUGCACCCUCGAUCCAGCCAAAGAAAUGAUGAAACCUCGAUUCGACAUCCAUCCAGCAACCGCGUGUUACGAACAGCAAGAAAAGAAAAAGGCACCUAUAGUGUCCACCCAUCUAUUUACCCAGUCGUUUCUCGAUCGGGUUGAAAUUUUUUGUAACAAUACAGGGAAUCCCCCGAAAAAAAACAAAAGGAGGUCGUUUAGCCUGGGGGGCCCUCCCAUAUUCUGUAGAACACUUUGUAUAUACUGUAGACAUCAUCGCCCUGGGCGAUCAGGGGCGAUAUUGCGCAGAAUUCUCUAAUGAUCAACGGCAUGAUGCUAAUUUCUUUCUUUCUUUUUUUUUUAUUGCACUUUGUGACAAGCACAGAUGUCCAGAGUGUUAUAGACUAGAACUAGAGUCAUCAUAUGCACUAGGCUUCUAUAGGCCUUCCCUUUCUAUCCACCCUCUGGUCACGGGGAUCGAAGCCUCCGUUGCCCCAGGUAGCCCACUCAGGCGUCUCGGGUCCCAUGUAGUCCUCAGGGCUGAAGUCUCCAUGUGGUCCCUUCUCCUCCAGAAGCUGGAAAAACUUUUCGUAAUCGAUACGGGUGUGCCAUUUGCCAUCCACCAAGAAACGCUCGCUAGCCAGAAGCACGCAGCAGCUGUGUGCGUGCUCUGCCGCGAGACCGUACGCCAGACCCCUCUUGCGUAGUGACUUUUCAAGCGCAGUGACGAAUUCCGUCACUUCGUGGUAGAAGGGUACGUUGGACAUGCUCAAACCGGCGCCUGCAGAAGUUGAUGUGCCACAGUAUGUGACGCCCUUGACCUCCACAAAGCACGGCAUGGCCUUUUCAACCAUGUCGGCAUAGCCCUCGACUUCGUCCUCGACGUUGAAGCCCUUGACGAGAGUGAGUCUGAAGACAGUGCGUUGUCGGAACCUCUUCUCCCGUAGGAUAUCCAAGCAACGCUGCAGGCGCUCCCAAAAGUCGCGAUGU